AGAAAGGAGACAAGAGGAGGAAGCGAUGAUGCUGUUGGAGGCGGAGUCAGGCGGAGGGAGGGGAUCAACGCGGAGGCUGGCACGCGGAAGAAGAAUGGAGUUAAGAGGAAGAGGCUCCGGCUGAAGGCAAACCCCCCCCCACCCCACCGGCGGGAGACACACUUGUUGAACGUCAUCCUCUCCGCCAGCGUUUCCCGGUCUUCCCAGUUUGGUGCACUCCGCGCGCGCCCGUUGCAGCCUCCGGUUGGGAUCUACCUCAUCUUUUAUUCAUCAGGCCUCGUGAGCUCCAGGAAUCCACGCGGCGCCGCUGUCUGCGGGCGGAGGAGGGGAGGCGGGGACACGACCGGCGGCUGAGCUCCGUCCGUCUCGAGUCGGAACUGCAGGUUCGGCGCACGCGGACACCUUUCCCAGACUAGUUUGCUCGCGCGCGUCUGGCUUUCCGGAUCCUUCUAGGACACCCCCCCCCCUCCGCGCAGCACCGCUGGCUCCAGCCGUGGAGCGAAUCCACGCGGAAACGCUACGUCACAUCCACCGCCUCGCGGCUUCGUGUCGGACCGAAUCUGUUUAGAGGGAAAAGUCCCCGAACACCCCGUCUGCCCCCCCACCCCGGCCGGCGGGAUGACUCCGUGCUCGGGGGGUGGCGUUUGUUAGAGGCUUCCUUCCUCCACCGCGGGACUAGGCUCGGAUUUGGGGGCAUGGCUGACCCGGGGCGGGACGUCACGGACCACCGGAGCCCGCAGACUGUGAAGAAGUCGCCGGGGCUUCGGCCCCGGUACCCGAGCUCCGCGCCGGGUCACCGCUUCCGGAAGGUGACCCUCACCAAGCCGACCUUCUGCCACAGCUGCAGCGACUUCGUCUGGGGGCUCGCGGGCUUCCUGUGCGAAGUCUGUAACUUCAUGUGUCACGAAAAAUGCCUGAAGACCCUGAGGACGGUCUGCUCCUGCAUGGCGCCCUCGCAGGUCCAGGUGCCGGUGGUUCAUUGCUUCGGUCCGGCUGGUCAGAAGAAACGCUUUUGCGGCGUCUGCAGGAAACAGACGGAGGGAAGCUCGGCGCUGCGGUGUGAAGUGUGUGAGCUGCACGUCCACGCUGACUGCGCCCCCUUCACCUGUGCAGACUGUCGCUGCUGUCACCUGGACGGCACUCUGGAUGGAGCUCAGGAAACCUUCCACCACCACUGGAGGGAGGGGAACCUGCCGUCAGCAUCCAGGUGUGAAGUCUGCCGCCGCUCCUGCAGCUCGUCUGAGGCCAUGGUGGGGAUGCGAUGCGAGUGGUGCAGCGUGACGACGCACCCCUCCUGUUACCACAGCGUGCCACUAGAGUGCGCUGUGGGGCGCCUGCGCUGCAUGCUGCUAAAGCCCGCCUGCGUUCGCCUGGACUCCAGAAACUUCAGUAAGAUGCACUGUUAUCGGAUCACGGAGAGCUGCGGGCAUGAGCCGGAAACCUUUGAUGACUCUGAUCAGGCCGCAGCAGCGCCCAGAGACCUGCAGCCAGCACCUGCAGAGUCCGGAAAGCAGCUCCUCAGGGUGUUUGACGGAGACGACGGUGUUAACAGAGGCUUUUACCGGCUGGUCCCCCUCUGCAGAGCCAUGAGGAACGAGGAACUAGUGGAGGCGGCUCUCAGGGCGUUCUACCUGCCUGGGGAUCCGCAGAACUUUGAGCUGGAAGAGGUCAGCGCUUCCCAAAGUGACAUCACAAACCGGAACGGCAGCGGGCCAGAUAACCGCAGCUCUCUGAAGGACGGCGGUGAAUCCUGGCUGCUGAGGGCCAAACCACGAGACAAAGACCUCAUCCAGGUGUAUGUCAGCUUGCCCAGAGUGAGAGAUACGCACGUGAGCGUCUGCGUCUCAGUGCGGAGCACGGUGGCGUCCGUCAUCGGGGAGGUCCUGUUCCAGCUGGACAAACAGGCUGAAGAGGUCUCACGGUUCCGUCUGCUGGAGGUCUUCAUGGGUGGGAAACAAGUGCAGAGACAGACGCUGAUGUCGGAGGAGAACAUCCUGGAGAAACUGCGGGACAUCAGAAAGGUGUCGCUUCGGCAGAUGAAUCAGACCAGGUUCUACCUGGUGGAGAACCAGAACCUGGCCGUGAACGUGAACCUCCUGAUAGGAGGACUGCCCCCCCUGCUGACCACAGAGCAGUACCUCCAGCUGAUCCAGGAACACCUGGCUAUCAAGAGUCACUUGGUCACCGUCAGCCAAAUCUAUAGCAGCCAAGGUGCAGCCGAGCUGCAGGUUUCCUGUUUCUCUGAGGCAGAGAGGAUCUACAUGCUGGCCAGAGACACCUCCUGCAACAGCAAGACGCUCAGCUCACUGGUGGUCCCACAGAUCCAGAUAAACAAACUGGAGCGGGACGUCAGCCCCCUGCUGGUGUUCGUCAAUCCGAAGAGCGGCGGUUUGAGGGGCCGAGAGCUCCUGUACAGCUUCCGGAAGCUGCUGAACCCUCACCAGGUCUUUGACCUGUCUAACGGUGGACCUUUGGUGGGCUUUCACACCUUCAGAGAGGUCCCCAGGUUCCGGAUCUUGGUCUGUGGGGGGGAUGGAACCGUUGGCUGGGUUCUGGGAGUUCUGGAGGCAGUGAGACACAAACUGGUUUGCAGAGAGCCCCCCAUCGGCAUCGUACCACUCGGGACAGGCAACGACUUGGCUCGAGUUCUGCGCUGGGGGGCAGGAUACAGCUGCGAGGACCCACACAGCAUUCUGGUUUCUGUUGAUGAAGCUGAUGAGGUUUUGAUGGACCGCUGGACCAUUCUUCUGGAUGCUCAGGACAUCUCAGAAGACAGCAAGGACCAUAACUAUCUGGAACCCCCCAAGAUUGUCCAGAUGAACAACUACUUUGGCCUGGGCAUUGACGCAGAGCUCAGCCUGGACUUCCACCAAGCCCGAGAGGAUGACCCGGAUAAAUUCACCAGCAGGUUCCAUAACAAAGGCGUGUAUGUGAAGGUGGGUCUCCAGAAGAUCAGCCACUCCAGGAGUCUGCACAAAGAACUGCAGCUUCAGGUGGACAACCAGAACGUCCCGCUGCCCAGCAUCGAGGGGCUGAUCUUCAUCAACAUCCCGAGUUGGGGUUCUGGUGCCGAUCUGUGGGGGUCAGAGGUCGACGGUCGCUUUGGGAAGCCACGCAUUGACGACGGCCUGCUGGAGGUGGUGGGGGUCACAGGGGUGGUGCACAUGGGUCAGGUGCAGAGCGGCCUGCGCUCCGGCAUCCGCAUCGCUCAAGGGAACUACGUCAGGUUGACGGUCAGCAAGCCCACACCUGUGCAGGUGGACGGGGAGCCGUGGAUCCAGCCCCCCGGCAUCAUCAUCAUCUCUGCCGCGGGACCAAAGGUCCGCAUGCUGAGGAAGUCCAAGCAGAAGCAGAAGAAGUCUUCAUCAAGCGUCAGAGACGGCCGGUCCGAGAGUCCGUCCUCCAGAGACGGCCAGCACUGAGCCGGAAACGGUUUGAGUCCUGAAGCUGUGGAGCACCGGGCAGCAAGUCAACCCACAAACAGAAGGAGGUCCAACUCCCCAAGAUCAGGAGGACGAGGAGCUCCCGAUCCCUUUGACCUCCUGGCCUGGUUACUGGAAGAUGCCGGCUGCUGAGAACCAGGCUCCUCCAGGCGCGUCAUCGGAGCGUCUGAACUCGGCGUGGGCCAAACUGACGGGCAGCUUCCUUCCCCAACGCUGACUUUAGAAAGGUUCGCUUUGGUUCAGACAAAGGUCACGGGUGUGGCGACCUCCGUCCAGAACAGUGACGAGCUGCUGAAACCUGCAGAGAUUCUUCUGGAAAACAGACGGACGGAUGAACUAAGGCGGAGCUUCGGAGAAGACGUGGAGGACGUCCAUCCCUGCAGGCGUCAUUCCUAAAAUCCAGUCUGUUUGGUUAACUUGCUGCUCAGGAUCUGUCUGUUUCUAGGAUCAUCUCAGAGUGGGAACAGAAUUUACAUUAUUGAUCAGAAUUUAACGAGGUUUUGUGUUUAUUUAAAAACUGAACAUCUUACUAAAGCUUACUGAGGAUAUUAGCUGAAUGGCUCUGGAACUGACCAAUCAAAGGAAGCUAAAUCGUCUUGGGGGCGGGGCUUGUAAACCUUCACUCUGUCUUUUCCUGACAUAUUAGGGGGAGAAUUGGUUUGAGACCAAUUAUUCACAAAACAAGCUUGACACUUGCAGGCUGAAGCCAUUUGAGAUUAGGUUCAGAGAUAUGAAACCAGGGUUCAGAGGAGGAUGCCGUUACCGUGACAACCUGGACUGAAAAAGCUUUGAGCUGCUGUCUUUGUUGCCCUCCAGCCAAACUUCAUCUGUAGAUUGAGGUCCAGGUCUUUCCUUUCACUGGGAUCAGCCGGUCUGAUCUGUAGAUCCGCUCCGAUCGUCCUCUGAUCCGUUUCCAAAGCGUUCCCGUGGUUCUUUCAUGACCAUGAUGCCGUUUUUAGACAAAAUCCCCAAACCUGUUCUUUUCUAGGACAUCAGUUCAUUUGAAAUUCCCCUCUGACUUGUGGGCGGGGCUGUCGGUGCAGAUUAAGCCCGCCCCCCCUCAUACCCCCAACUUAACGUCAGUGGUGCAUCAGAAACAGCAGCAGCAUCAGAUCCAUCCAUCUGUCCGGUUCUGAUCCAGAUUCCAGCUCAGACCAGGAAAACACAGACGUCCAUGGAUCUGUUGGUCUGCAGGUGGAUGAUCGGAAAGGGGCGGAGCAGGGAGACUUUGGCCCCGCCCAUUGUAGCUACAUCACUGCUACAAGCUUUUUCAAACUGCAUAUUUUCGUCUGCUCCGGAUUUUCAACCAUUUAAUUAAAGAAAUACUCAGAAAUGCAGUUUAAUCUAAAUUUUCUUUGUAAAUGUCAUCAGAAUAAUUCUACCUGUUAGAACCAAACACACAGUUUUCAUUAGAGGGUCUUUAAAUUCCAGGUGGUCUCCUGGUUUCACUGGCAUUGGCCUGCCUGCAGAAGACGCGUCUCUCUUAGGACGGAUUCUAUCAAAGCUUUUCUUCGUGGUUCCUUGGAGUGUUGUGACUGUUCUGGCUGUAAUCUUGGGUUUUGGUAAAGCAGUUGCGACGUUUUGGUGCUGACCACCACAGUUUGAAGUCCUGUGCUCCUCUGGAGGUGGGAGUGUUGUGUCAAAGCCUCAGAGCUCGUUUGUUGGACCAGCGUGAGCUCUGCCUGCGUUUGGACAACAGGGGGCGGCAGUGAGCGGCUUCCCUGUAGAUGAGACGUCAUCGUGGCUGAAGCUCUGUAGUGCUUCCCUCCUGCCUGCAGUCAGAUGCCUGCAGCCAUCACCAGUAGAUGCCUUUCUUUUCCCAUCAUGCCUGCACAGCUGUUGGGGGUUCACAUUACAGAGGGUGCUCAUGGGGGGGCGCAGACAGGAAGCACACACUAAUCGUUUUUUCUCCGCAUUAAUGUCGUCUUUGGGAUUUUACAGUUAAGUUUUUAUCUACAGUAAGGAGACCAGCUGCCCCCCAGGUCCUAGCUCCUGCACCAUAUUCACAACUCUUUCAAGUUUAAAUCUGAUUUAGUGAAAAUCCUGAAGAUAUUUGUGUUAAAUUGUGUGGAAACAAAGACACAAAAAGCAUUAGUGAUUUUCAGUCAUAGUGCAGUCGGGGGCUCCUCUUCAUAUUGACACUGCCGUUCACUUUGUGAUGUUGCUGCUUUUAUCUCUGCUUUCACCUCUGUUGUGAGUGUGUGGCUCCGCCCCCUCAGGCUGCCGGUGGGUGGAGCCUCGCUUCAGUGUGUCGCGAUGAUGUGUGUGGUGCCGCUCUCGUGCCUCAGAACAUCCUGCAGAUGUUUUAAUGUUUGUACUUACGGUCUUAGAUGACGUGGAUAUUUCUGCACACAGACGCUGUUUUUAUUUUCAGCUGUGAUGGUUAAACUGUAAAUUGCACUAAUUGUUUCCCAGAUUCUCCUAGAUGAGAUGUUUGGACUCAUGCUGAACGUCGUCAUCACUAAAGUGGAAUGUUGGUGUUGUAGACAUUUCUCUGCAGAAUUUCUGUGUGUGAAAUCACAUUAAAAGAAAUACUAAACAGUG